AUGUUUGGUAGACACCCUGUGUUACCACUUGAUCAUACAUCAAGGCUAUUCCAGUUUAAUCGCCCAAAUGACUAUUGGAUGCACAUGAUGAAGGCUAUGAAUGUCUAUCGUGAAGCAGCUCUUCAACGUAUACGCCCUCAUCAACAACACUCUAAGCAGCGUUUUGACCGGAAUCGUAAUGAUCCACAAUACGAAAUUAAUGAUUCGGUACUUUGGAAGCUACCUGGCCAUGAUUUUCCCCAGUGUUAG